AUCAAUGCACAGAGAACAACUUUACAGUAGUUGAAUUGUGCUUCUUCUUAUUCCGUUCUCUUCCGUAUAGAAAUCGAAAUCCCUUAAAUUACAAUAUAUCUUUUUUGCCCUAUGAAAUGGGAAGUAGCAGUGGAAGCGAUGUGGAAGCAGGAUUCGCAAAGCUGCAAGGCGAAGAUUUCGAGUAUUACAUGCAGACAUACUCCAUAAUACUCGGCCGUAACUCCAAGAAGUCAACUGUGGACGUUGACUUAUCCUCUCUUGGUGGCGGAAUGAACAUCUCCCGUCACCACGCACGUAUCUUCUACGACUUCCAACGACGUCGUUUUGCCCUCGAAGUCUUGGGCAAAAAUGGUUGUUUUGUUGAAGGUGUUCUCCAUCUCCCUGGUAACGCUCCCGUUAAACUCGAUUCACAGGAUUUACUUCAGAUCGGAGAUAAGGAGUUUUAUUUCCUUCUUCCAAUUCGUAGUAUCUUAGGUGGUCCAAUUGGGCCUAGACAUCACGUCAAUGUGAAUUAUCCAGCGGGGGGUUCUCCCGUGCUUCCCCAUCAUCAUCAUCAUCAGCAUCUGCCCUUGCCUCCGCCGGUGGGUUAUGGUGGAGUAGGGAAAAAGGGUUUGUUAAGAGGGAGGGAGUAUUAUGAGGAGUAUGAUGAUGAUGAUGGUGGGGAAGCUGGUUCUGGUACUAAGAAGAUGAGGAGAGGGGAUGGCGGCUUUGAGGGUGGUGGAUAUGGAUAUGCUUCUGGUGGUUCCAGUGGGAAGGUUGCCGUUUCUGCCCAUCUAGAUAAGAAGCUAGAUGGAAGAACAUGUAUCGAAAGAGAUGCUGACAACCAACAGCUGCUGCAGUUGGAAGAAAAGGACGUUGUAUCAUCUGUAGCGAAUGUGCUUUCUGACCUCUGUGGUCCAGGAGAAUGGAUGCCAAUGGAGAAGCUUCAUGCUGAGUUGGUGGAACACUACGGCAAUACCUGGCACCAUAGUCGGGUGAGGAGAUACUUGACAUCUGAAGACUAUCCUAGCCCUGAAGCUAAAUCGAAGCCAUGGUAUGGAUUGCUGAUGCUUCUAAGAAAAUACCCGGAGCAUUUUGUCAUCAAUACGCGUUCCAAGGGGCGGGUGACUUUGGAGUUUGUUUCUCUCGUCUCACUACUUUCGUGAAAGCUUUAUAACAUGUUAGCCACUUCGUUGUAAAUUAAGCUUUAAGUAGGUUGUGAAACAUCACUUGAAAUUUCAAUACUGAGCUCAAAUUUGUCUAGACAUGUACCUGAAAUUACUGCAUUUUCUCGUCAAUUAAAUGUUUCAACAAGUUCCGUGGU